AUGAGGGUUUGGCUCCAGGCUGGUGUUCUCCUCCUCCUGCUGGUGAUCAGCAGCGCAGCACCCGAAGAUACGGAACGCCAGCAGCUGUGUGGUGGUGAACUGGUGGAUGCCCUAGACUUCGUGUGCGGCUCAGGCAGAUUCCUGUUCCGUAGAAAAGAUCAAAAAGACAAGUCAAAAUCCAUCGUGGAGCAGUGCUGCUUCAAAUCCUGCAGCUUACGUGACUUGCAAAACUUCUGCAGCUAA